UGAAAACGAGGCUAUAAACAACAUGGCGUCCUAACGUGCACUUGCUGAAAGUUUAAAUCGGAGAGGCAGGAUGGCGCGGAGUAUUGCAUGGCGACGGACAUGUAACGAUCUAGUCAAUUGGCGCCAAACCGAGGCUCUUAAUGCCACCAUGUACAUCCUGCGAGAGACUGGCCCCACAGGCUUCCUGCUACAGGAAGAGGGCGAGCCCAAACCUUUCAAGGCUUACCUGGGUGACCCACAUACAUGUACCUGCCCUCAGUUCAAGAAGGACAGAGACCUCUGUAAGCACAUCUGCUGGCUACUGCUGAAGAAGUUCAGGGUGCCACAAAAUGAUGCCAUAACAUGGCAGCUUGGUCUGGUGGAACGAGAGAUCAAUGGCAUUCUUCAUGGCUAUGCUGCAAAGCAGCAACGACAGCAACCCCAGGGGCCACGGUGGCAGAGGAGUAAGCCGGGCGGCAGCAGUGGUAAGGAAGGUGGCAGGGAAGCUCUACAGCAGCGACCAAUUGGAGACGAUGACGUGUGUCCUAUUUGCCAGGAUGAACUCCUGUCUAAACACCUUCCGGUAACAUUCUGCAAAUUUGGAUGUGGGAACAGUAUCCAUAUCAAAUGUAUGAAGAUAUGGGCCGAUCAUCAGAAAUCUUCUGGCGAUACCAUCAUCAAAUGUCCAUUUUGCCGUGAGGAUUUCGGACCCUUAGAGCUGCUCAAACAGGAAAGUCGGAAUGCCAUCGGAGCUUCCCAGGGGGGCAGAAUGGACAGGCAUCUUGGAACAGAUUGUCAGAGUUGUCAUAUAUCCCCUAUUGAAGGGAAAUGUUACAGGUGUCGUGUUUGUGUCAACUUUCAUCUGUGUCAGACCUGCUUCAACACCGCUACUCACACCCAACACCCUUUUGAGUAUCGCCAUAAGCGUAACCAGCAUUGGAAAUCAGCACAGAGAAUGUAUGGAGCUGUCCUUCCUCAGGCUGUAGCUGAGAGUCUAGCAAACCGUGAAAUCUCAGAAAAUGACUAUGACCUUCUCAUGCAACUUGACAGUAACACAACAACCCAACAGAGUGAUAUUCCUGAGAGUGUGGUGAACUCAUUCCCCCUAGAGAAAAUACGAGAGAACGGCCCACUUCUCGCUCCAGGGAUGCAGUGUAGGGUGUGUCUCCGUGGAUUCCAGGUUGGACAAUUUGUCAGGAAGCUGCCUCUAUGUAAACACAAGUUCCAUCGAGACUGUAUAGAUAAUUGGCUACUUCACUCUCACUCAACGUGUCCUGUGGAUGGCCAAAAUGUCUGGGACCCGAUCUCUGCCCAGAGUGAAGCUACAGAACAACCGACCAGAGCACAUAGACAGACCAAACAAAAUGGUCAACCACCUAAAAAGGAUUUAGUGUUGGAGGUGCCUGGUGUUGGAAUUGUUAGACAGACCGAGGCUCCUGCCAGCCGCGAGAGUGCUCUCCGUGGGUUUGGACGACGUCUUCCUGGUACACAACCCCAGACAAAACCAGGAAGAGGGUCUGGCUCCAACAGCAAAAAAGUGACCCCUCUCCGUUCCAGUUUCACUCUCAGUGGUGUCAGCUUUGGUAACAGUUUUGAGGGGGCCUUGGGUGGCAGUCACAGUGAAACCACUCCUGCUGAAGAUCUUCCAGGCAAUCGCCUCCUCGGGCGUGCUCAGGCAAGCCGGUCAACCCUCAACAAAAAGCUUGCAAGUAGAGGUCAAAGGCCAAAGCAGAGAGAAACCAGGCCAGCACCGGAAAACAUUGGUCCUCAAUUUGACAUUCACUCAAUGGCAGUUGUACCACAAGAGCAAUAUGUUGAUGAUGUCAUGGGUCACAUGACCCCAACUCAGCGGACAAUUAUGAAUCACCUUGCCAUGCUGAAUACUCCGGAUGAAGAUGAGAUCAUGGGGGACCUCAAUCGGAGCCUUCCAUCCACGCCUCAGCGCGUUCACAGCAUUCGUAACUCUAUGCUAAGCAGUACGGACAUGAGAUCACCCUUUGUGAGGGAUUUACCUCCCCUUAUAGAAUCCGAUCAGGAACAUGAGAAUCCAGACCAUCCAACCAUUGGAGAGUCCGAUCAAGAGACAGAUUCCCUCAACAGUUCUAUCAGUCUGAAUCAUCACAGACUGUUCCAGAGACAUCAAAACAGACAGCCUGAGACUGAAGCACAGGCAGACUCUGGCUCUGUUGUCAUGACCUCUGUGAGGUCAACGCCAGAUGUAAGAUCAGCCGCAGGGUCACAGAGGUCGUUUACAAAUGGUGCUGUGUCCCCUACUGGUGAAAGUGCUGGAGGAAGUGAGGUCGCUGGAGGUCAGACAGGCACCAGAAGUCGGGGCAGACAAGCAGAUCGUGGGCAUGGUUCAGCCAAUGGAAGCAAUCAGGGUAACCGUUCCCGGAGCCGAGAUCGAGCGGAGUCGGGCUCCACCACUACUACAGAGGAUGAGAAUGCCAUCCUAAAUAGGCUGCAGCAUUAUAAAGACCUGUUUGUUGGUAACAGUCCAGAAAAUCAUUCACCGGUAGAUAGGAGCUCAGCCACUAGAGGGCGCCCUCCUCGCCACCCCAGACGACAGUUUGGCGAACACCUAGCACUUCGCCAAAAUAAAAGUCGCAAGAAGACCGACCACAGACGUCAAAACAAUGACCUAGCUUUAGAAGGCAAUGCUUUUAGUAAUCUUACUCUCAGAGAUCUCAUUUAAACAUAUAAGGUGAAAAGAUUUCCUAGAAAUAAUAGGAAAUCAAACAAUAUUUUAAUGUGUACAUGAACUAGACAAGGAUGAAAUGUGUCAAAAUGUGUGUUUUAAGACAAGUUUUUCAAUGCAAGAAUUGUUUUCCCUUAAAGCUAUUCAAGUUAGGUUUAAUGAAAUUAGAAUAUUUUAUCAGAAAUUCUUGUUGUAAAUAUGUUAAGCUGAACAGAUACAUGUACAUCUGUUUCCAAUGGUUUCAGGCCAAAGCAAUACAAUUACUUUGUAUAACAAAGACAGUGAUCGGCUGUACUGUAAUUAUAGUAUGUACAGUGGCUGUACUGUAAUUAUAGUGUGUACAGUGGCUGUACUGUAAUUACCGUGUGUACUGUAAUUAUAGCGUGUACAGUGGCUGUACUGUAAUUAUAGUAUGUACAGUGGCUGUACUGUAAUUAUAGUGUGUACAGUGGCUGUACUGUAAUUACAGUAUGUACAGUGGCUGUACUGUAAUUAUAGUGUGUACAGUGGCUGUACUGUAAUUAUAGUAUGUACAGUGGCUGUACUGUAAUUAUAGUGUGUACAGUGGCUGUACUGUAAUUAUAGUAUGUACAGUGGCUGUACUGUAAUUAUAGUGUGUACAGUGGCUGUACUGUAAUUAUAGUAUGUACAGUGGCUGUACUGUAAUUAUAGUGUGUACAGUGGCUGUACUGUAAUUAUAGUAUGUACAGUGGCUGUACUGUAAUUAUAGUGUGUACAGUGGCUGUACUGUAAUUAUAGUGUGUACAGUGGCUGUACUGUAAUUAUAGUGUGUACAGUGGCUGUACUGUAAUUAUAGUGUGUACAGUGGCUGUACUGUAAUUAUAGUGUGUACAGUGGCUGUACUGUAAUUAUAGUGUGUACAGUGGCUGUACUGUAAUUAUAGUGUGUACAGUGGCUGUACUGUAAUUAUAGUGUGUACAGUGGCUGUACUGUAAUUAUAGUGUGUACAGUGGCUGUACUGUAAUUAUAGUGUGUACAGUGGCUGUACUGUAAUUAUAGUGUGUACAGUGGCUGUACUGUAAUUAUAGUGUGUACAGUGGCUGUACUGUAAUUAUAGUGUGUACAGUGGCUGUACUGUAAUUAUAGUGUGUACAGUGGCUGUACUGUAAUUAUAGUGUGUACAGUGGCUGUACUGUAAUUAUAGUGUGUACAGUGGCUGUACUGUAAUUAUAGUGUGUACAGUGGCGGUACUGUUAUUAUAGUAUGUACAGUGGCUGUACUGUAAUUAUAGUAUGUACAGUGGCUAUACUGUAAUUAUAGUAUGUACAGUGGCUGUACUGUAAUUAUAGUGUGUACAGUGGCUGUACUGUAAUUACGUGGAAUAACACAGGGUCAUUAAUUUACCAUUUUGUUGAUAUAUGAUUUACAUAAUUAUAACUAUGUUCAUAUAUGGUGCAUUGUGAUAUUAGGAGUAUAUUUUGUCAACUAUUUUUGUAAAAAUAAUUGUAAAAUGUACAGGAUCAUUGAAUUUGUUCAGAACACUUUGUUUAGAACACUUCCAGAGCUCAAAGCUUCAUGUAUCAGCUUAUAAGUCAUGUUAUCAACUAGAAAUGGCAACAAGAAAUUGUGGGCAGAAUUCUUCAUUAUAUUGUAGCUUUUGAAGCUGUCAGUACUAUGUGCAAUUUAGCUUGUUAUAAAUAAUACCAUGAUUUUGAGAUCUUAAAUUUGUAAUACAUACUCUGAGCUAAAACUAUAACAUGUGUAGUCUGGAUAAUACAUAUAUGUACAAAUGUACUGGAUAAUACAUAUACAUAUGUACUGGAUAAUACACACAUUAUUCCUGCAAGCAUUAUUCCUUCAAACCGAAAGAGGCGAUUAAGUGUGGACCCCCUGCUGUGACUGUGAUAUCCACUGCAGAAUUGAGAGGCGACUUAUGAGGGCAUUCCGAGGAAAUUGAGAUUUUACACAUUUACCGGGCCAGAUCCCCACAUGCACAUGUUCCACGUUUUUGAUAUCUCGUUCCUUC